AUGAAUUUCAGCUCAUCAGCGAUCCUAAGAAUGCCACUGAACAGGGAUAUGAAAAGGCUUAAGAAGUCAGAUGCACCUGACGAAAAGUCGAGCCGAUAUGUAUCUCAUUUACGCAGCCUAGCCAACGAUUACAUCAAUUGCUGGGUAAUCAUAAGAUCCUACGCAACUAAUAAUACAACACCCACAAGAAUAGUGCGUCAUCGUGAUGCCGUGCCAAUCGCAAUAAAGCAUUCGUCACGUCAGAAAAAGAUCGACAUUCUGGCGGAAUGUUCGAAAAAAACACAGACUUUGCAUCUUUGUCUGAUAACUCAUUCAUACCUACUUCAGGUGUCGAAUCCCCAUGCUCAGAAACAGUCCGUGGACAGACUCCUCGUAGUUCCAGGAAAGCUCGCCGUUCCAGCACUAUACACCACUCAGAUUUUAUCACUGAUGGUGAACCUGAAGCAAGUUCACAAGAUUUGGACAUCUGUUCGGAGGCCAUGGAAAACGAGUAACAUCUACUUUCGCUCGAAGGCGAUACAAGAAAAGAACCAUGCUGAAAACUGUCCGGCUAAUCCGCAUAAUCAUGUUAGAAGAUUGUUUCCAAAGGAAUAUUUCAGCAAAAUAUUGACAGCGAACAAUACUUGUGACCAAGCGACCAUGAACUCUAACUCUACAACGCCCAAACAAUCCAAAAAGUCUAACUCUUCUACGCCCAAGCAAUCAAAAAUCCCUGUAUCGACGACUCCAACUUCAGUGUGCAGAGGACACGGCAGUUUCACAGCUUCGACAAUCUCCUCGGCUAUAAAGAGUGCCACACAGAAGUCUAAAAUUCCGUCUCGUAAGAAAUCCACAAGGACUAUAGUUGAAGGUCUUCCAUCGUCAUCGCGCUCUAUCAAGAAGAAUAAAGGGAACGGCAAGUCGAAAAAUAUUGGUUUUGUUUCCCGUGGGUGGAUAGCUGCCUCACUUUAUAUGGAAAUCGCAUGA